CUGCUUGGGUAAAUCGCCGAGUCUGGUACGUACAGUCGCAGUGCGCCCAGGCAGGGUGUGCCAAACUCACAAAGCUGUUUACUUUCCCCCGUACCUUGCGCUCGCUACUGCUCGUUCAUUACUCCUGUUGGCUGGACUAUUCUGCUCUCUAGACUAGACCAUCCUUUCAUCUGCUUCCUUGGGGCGUGUCUCAAGCGUACGUUUUCGGUCUAUACCCUUCCAUUUCACACUGUUAUUUGUUCCAUUCGAAAAUCAACCAACUCACUCUACCGCAAACCGACGUACGCUUUGGACAAGCGCUUAUGAUGUUGCUGCCAACCAACCUCUCUCUCAAUUUUUGCCUCGUCCUCGCGCCACCAUGACUAUCUUCGCUGGCAACGGCUCUGCCACGGUGAAUCGGCUUCAGAAACCUAGCUUACUAAACCAUAGCGCUGAGUAGAAGAAAAUGACAGCCACAGACGCGCCGCAGGGCAACCUGCUGUCGCUCAUACGAGGGGGCCAUGUCGUCUCCAUAUGGCACGACAUUCUCCUCUUCACGGAGAUCGCAAUGCGCACAUGCGUCUCGCCAUCCACAGAAGUAGCUAAAUCUGAAACUGAUAAUAGUUGUAACACCAGACCCGACAGUCAAACUGUGAGUGGGAGUGCGUGCGGCGAAGCCAGCGCGAAAGCCCUUGGGUCCUCGUGGAGUGGUAACCAGGCUUCCUGCUCGAACUCUCUCAACCGUCGCGAAAGCGAAACCUCUUUGCUUUCGGAGAGCAGCGGCGAGUCCGACGGGUUACCUCCGACCGUUACUUUCAUUUGCACGUCUUCCAAGUCCAGCUCGCACGCGCUGCUGGAGGGCGCCGCCUUUUCCAGAUCCCUUGCGGGCCGCAGGAAGCGGCUCGACCUGGAUGGCACAGUGCGUGUGGACGACAGCGAGCCGCGGCCCUGGAAUCUCGGAAUUCUGCCGCAGACAUGCGUUCUAACUCCCGUGACGCCGGCCCCUCGUCCCCCUCUUGCCACUCCUCCCACCACCCCGCCGGGAGUCUCGACAACCAACCAGCUUUCGUCAAGGGUUCCUGCUUUGUCUCCGUCACUUGCUCCCAGUCGGCCUUGCACGGCACCCCCUAAGGCCGUCGUUGGGACUUCGAGUCGCGAGGUGCCUCUUAAUUCCUCAGGAUGCGUCGGCCGUCACGGUGAUUGUCAGGUUACCACACUCCAAUCGUCGAGCUCGCUAUGGAAGCCCGACUCUUCAACAGACGGGUCAGCCGGGUCGUGCGGCAAAUCCGGUAAAAACCGAGGGAACAUCGGCCCGUCGCUAGCAGAGCUGUUCGGGCCGUCACGGUGGGAAGACUCCGAGACCCCGCUGGUGAUUUUCGAUAACGCGCCCAUAGAGGCGAUCGACGUGGGCACGCAAGAGCAGGAGCCCGGCGACGCGUACCCCGUUCUGCCUCUCCUCGCGCUCCCAGUGCGGUUGACUGCGGCGGCGAGCGGUGUAUCCGAGGUGUCGUGGAAGCUGGUUGUCAUCGCUGCGCACGACCCGCUUGUGCUGGCGAAUCAGGUCGGUUCCGUGGCGGCGAAGGUUCUGCCCAAGGUUCGCGAGUGGGUGGAGGACGCGAGCUUCGUGUGCCCUUCGCCAACCCUGGCAGGUACCAGCCUAUUUCCUCUGACCUUAACUCGUCUACUAAGAUUCGCAUCGUCGUUCCUGUACCGACUCGUCAAGGGUAGUAGUAACAGCGCUGUUUUACACCUUUCACUUUCUUCUCGCUUCCCCCAAUCCUUCUGCCCCUGUUCCCCCCUUGGCGCCGAAGCAGCGGCAAUCAAGUCGUCGCUGCCCGCGGAACACAACCUCUCCCGCGGCUUCCCCAGGGGGUCCGCGCCGGAGGCCUCGUGGCUCGAAGACUCCUGGAAGGCGCAGGACGUGGUGUUGGAGUCGUACCGCACGUGGAAGCUCCUCUGCGCGCCGAUUCUCCGCCGCCCCGCGCUGCAGCGCCGCGCGCAGAUUGCGGCGCGCACCGUGAGCGCGUGGGAGAAGCUCAGCAGGAUCGGCGAAGAUAACGCAGCGUGGGGGCUCAUUGCGAGUGCCGCCGGCGGCGCUGGCGGUGGUGGCUAUGGCGGGGUCCGUAGCAAAGCCUCGCUGCUCGAUAACCUGCCGACCCCCAGAAGCCGCCCCAAUUUCCAGCUUAAUUCCCUAGCGGAAGCUGCUCCCGUGGUUUCAAUCGACAAUGACAAUAACGGGGAUACAUUUGACAACGCGAACGCCGAUUGUUCUGACCAGGAGACGGUUCCUCGGGCGUCAGUGGACGAAGAUUACAGGCACCUUAGGCGCACGCGCACGCAGUGGGGUCUGCUCACUGGCCGGCGGGGAGGAGAGAGCGGCGCAGCAAGUAGCCAGCGCAGCAUGAGCGGACCGAUCCGCGCCGACAGCGCGCGGAUCAGCAGCAGCGGGGCUGGCGCGAUCGGAGGGACCGGAAGGAGCAUGAGCGGCCGCAUAUUCAGGGCGAGGUUGGGGCGUCUAGACCUCCCGCUGCCUUCGCCCCGAUCGAUCGUGAGCUCCGCCGUGGGAAGGUACCUCUCCCCUUCCUCCACUGCCAGCUCAGCAUCGCUAGAGGAUGUCAUCGUGGCUCCGCCGCGCUCCCCUAGUGCAAGUAACAGGCGCCUCACGCCGUCCCGCCCUCACGGACUCCCUAAGAGCCCUGCGCCGGUUGCUCCGUCGCGGCUCUUACCGGUAGUACUGCUUGCUAUUACCAGCAACCCCGGAGCCCCUGCGGAAGAAAGCCUGGAAAGCGCCCCAUCAUUCACUCUAGAAGGGUGCGAGGAGGAAGCGCAGGGGGGGGAAUACGGUAGAGAGGAGGUGGAGCAGGACGAGAGCAGGCAAACGGCAAGGGAUUUGCUUGAGCCAGCUGUGGUGUUUUCAGCGGCCCCCAGCGUUGACCCUUGCGGCAGGAGCAGCAACGGCACCGCAGGCGCAUCCCGGGGCAGCAGCUGCGGCGAUAUGAGCGGGCGGCGCAGCAGCAGCAGCAGCAGCAGCAGCAGCAGCCAAAGCUUGCGGAGCAGCGCAGUGUGCGGCGGCAGCAGCAGCGCGGACAGCAGCCGCGACAGCGGAAGGCAGCCCGAACGCGCGGGUAUGCGGAGGCGCCACACGGAUAGCGAGUACAGUAGGGCUGUGAGCAGAUUUGGCGGAGAUAACAGCUACAGUAAGGGCAUUAGCCGAUCUGUUACAAAUAUACGCUCUAGUAGCAGGGGCCAGACUGUCGCCGAUAUCACAAUCUCAAGAUGCAGCAGUAGCAUAGGCACUAAGGAUGGCAGUGGCACUCAACAAAUAGAAUCUUUCCAGCAACCUAUGCCAAAAAUUAACACUUUGGGAGCGCGACCUUCCACUGCGCAUCCGGGUGCUUGCGCUGACAUCGUCACCCUCCCUGACAACCCAGUUAACGCCCACUUUGAUUCAGAAAACUUCCGAUUUCCCCCGAAGAGCUUGCCGGUAGAGGCAGGCGGAACUGCAGCAGCCACAAUGGCGAUGGCAGGAGCAGUGAGAGCAGAAGCAGCGCAUGCGAGCACAAGCAUCAGGAACUCCGCGCGACAGCGGCAUAUGUUCAGCGAGGCACUGGCAAUCCCAGGGAAGAGCAAGGGAGGGUCGGAGGAAGCUGCAGGUGCCAGCAGCGCUGGCGAUGCUGUUGCUGGCGCUGCUCCUGGCAGCAGUGCUGGUGAUGAGAGCCGCAGGGUUUGCCAUGAUGGUAUUGGUACUGGCAGGGCCACCGGGAGCACACAGCUGGAGCGUGCCGGGGGUGAGGCGAAAGCAGCGAUUCUGAUGGAGUGUGACGAGGGGAGUGGGGCACACACCUCUGCAUGUGCCCCUGGCAGCAGCAACCGCAACAUUAGCCACAUUGGCAAGUGGAGAACCGUACAAGCUAUCUCUACUCUCGCUCUGCUCUCCCCGCGAUUCUCCACGAACCCUCAACCACGACCCAUCAGGCUGCGAGAAGCUGGGCGAGCAAGAACCUGUAACUUUGAGGCAGGAGGAGGAGGAGGAGGAGGAGGAGGAGGAGGAGGAGGAGGAGGAGGAGGAGGAGGAGGAGGAGGAGGAGGAGGAGGAGGAGGAGGAGGAGGAGGAGGAGGAGGAGGAGGAGGAGGGGCAGCUGGUAACUCUGCUGGAAUAGCAGAGGGGCAGGGGAAGCCAGUGUUGAGGCUGUGUGAAACAGAGGACUCACUUGACCGCUGCAGCAGCAGCAGGACCAGGGUGAGAGGCACUGGGCUGGCACUGGGGUUGGGGAUGGGCAGAGAGAGAGGGGAGGACGGGACAGAGGGAGUGAGGGGAAGUGGUAGCGUUGCUGGGGUGGCGGAGAGACAAAGAGCGGUGCGGGGCUCUCCCUUUGUUCGGCGGUGCGAGUCACUAAAGAUGCCUCUCUGCCAGCAGCAGCAAGAUUCCCUGUAGCAAGGGCAGGCCGGAUCCCUUGUACCGUACCUAUGAUUGGGUUGGGAGGGUUCUCCUGAUACUGGCAAGAAACAAGCACAUUCCAACUCGAGGAUAUGAUGUUAAUUAAAUUAACAGCUGCUGCUAACUUUGGUGAUGGCGGGACGUCUAAUGACGGCCUUGGCAGCAAUUCUACCCUUGGUUUGUGUACCAUAACAGCUAUUGCUAUGUCCCUCAUGUC